UUCUUCAUAAACCACAACAAGCUUCUUUCUGUACUACUACAUCAAAUAACUAGUGUUAAUUUCUUUGAUUAAAAAAACAAGCCAAAAUGUUUGGCAUCUUAAACAAGGGCCAAAAGAUCAAGGGAACUGUGGUGUUGAUGCCCAAAAAUGUUUUGGACUUCAACGCCAUAACCUCGAUCGGUAAAGGCGGUGUUCUUGACGCCGCCGGAAAUCUCAUCGGCGGACUUACCUCCAUUGUUGGUGGAGUUGUUGACACUGCCACUGCCUUCUUAGGCCGUAAUGUCUCUAUGCAGUUGAUUAGUGCUACCAAGACUGAUGCAAGUGGAAAGGGGCUAGUUGGAAAGGAAACAUUUUUGAACAAACAUCUUCCUCAAUUACCAACUUUGGGAGCAAGGCAAGAUGCAUUCAGUAUAAAUUUUGAAUGGGACACUGAUUUUGGAAUUCCAGGAGCAUUUUACAUAAGAAAUUAUACACAAGCUGAAUUCUUCCUUGUUAGUGUCACUCUUGAAGACAUUCCUAACCGUGAAACUGUUCAAUUUGUUUGCAAUUCGUGGGUUUACAACUUCAAAAACUACAAAAAGGACCGUAUCUUCUUCACCAAUGAUACAUAUCUUCCAAGUCAAACACCAGCUUCAUUACUUCACUAUAGAGCAGAAGAGUUAGACAAUCUAAGAGGAGAUGGAACAGGAGAACGCAAAGAAUGGGAAAGAAUCUAUGAUUAUGAUAUUUAUAACGAUUUGGGAAAUCCAGAUGGUGGUGACAAAUUUGUCCGUCCAGUACUCGGAGGGUCUAGCACCUAUCCCUAUCCUCGUAGGGUUAGAAGUGGCAGAAAACCAACUAGGAAAGAUCCUAAGAGUGAGAAACCAGGUGUAAUUUAUGUUCCAAGGGAUGAAAACUUUGGUCACUUAAAGUCCUCAGACUUUCUUAUUUAUGGAUUAAAAUCACUGUCUCAAGAUGUCUUGCCUCUAUUUCAAGCUGUAAUUUUUGACCUGAAUUUCACGCCUAAUGAGUUCGAUAGCUUCGACGAAGUGAGGGGACUUUUUGAAGGUGGAAUAAAACUUCCUACAGAUAUACUCAGCAAAAUUAGUCCCCUACCAGCCCUUAAAGAAAUCUUACGCACUGAUGGUGAACAAGUCCUUAAGUUUCCACCACCUCAUGUAAUCCAAGUUAGCAAAUCUGCAUGGAUGACUGAUGAGGAAUUUGGAAGAGAGAUGGUUGCUGGUGUAAACCCUUGUGUCAUUCGUCUUCUCCAAGAGUUUCCACCAAAAAGUACACUAGAUACAAUUGUCUAUGGUGAUCAAUCUAGUACAAUAACCAAAGAACACUUAGAGGUUAACCUUGGGGGACUUACCGUAGAAGAGGCACUUAAUGGAAAUAGAUUAUUCAUCUUAGAUUACCAUGAUGCAUUUAUGCCAUAUUUGGAGAGGAUAAACUUAACUGCAAAGGCUUAUGCCACUAGGACAAUCUUGUUCUUGAAAGAUGAUGGGACUUUGAAGCCAGUGGCCAUCGAAUUAAGUUUGCCACACUCAAAUGGAGUCCAAUAUGGUGCUGAAAGCAAAGUCUUCUUGCCUUCAGAUGUAGGUGAAGAAAGUACAAUAUGGUUAUUGGCCAAAGCUCAUGUAAUUGUAAAUGAUUCGUGCUAUCAUCAACUUAUAAGUCAUUGGUUGAAUACUCAUGCAACGAUUGAACCAUUCAUCAUAGCAACAAAUAGACAUUUAAGUGUUCUUCACCCAAUUAAUAAACUUUUAUAUCCUCACUACCGUGACACAAUAAAUAUCAAUGGACUUGCUCGUCAAGCUCUAAUCAAUGCUGAUGGCAUUAUAGAACAAACAUUUUUGCCUGGACCAAAUUCUGUUGAGAUUUCUUCAGCAGUUUACAAGAAUUGGGUUUUCACUGAUCAAGCAUUACCAGCCGAUCUAAUCAAAAGAGGAUUGGCUAUUGAGGAUUCAUCUUCCCCACACGGCCUUCGCCUCGUGAUACAGGACUACCCUUAUGCAGUUGAUGGACUAGAAAUAUGGGAUGCUAUUAAGACAUGGGUCCAAGAGUAUGCCUCCUUAUAUUAUCCAACAGAUGAGGCAGUGCAAAAGGACACUGAACUUCAAACUUGGUGGAAAGAAGCUGUAGAAAAGGGUCACGGUGACUUGAAAGACAAGCCAUGGUGGCCUAAAAUGCAAACACUUCAAGACUUAGUUCAAUCAUGCUCCAUUAUCAUAUGGACUGCUUCUGCUCUUCAUGCAGCUGUUAACUUUGGACAAUAUCCUUAUGGAGGAUAUAUCUUGAACCGUCCAACUCUUAGCAGAAGAUUUAUCCCUGAGAAAGGAACUCCAGAAUAUGAUGAGAUGGUGAAAAGUCCUCAAAAGGCAUACUUGAGAACAAUUACUCCAAAGUAUCAGACCCUUGUUGAUCUCUCUGUGAUUGAGAUACUGUCAAGACAUGCUUCUGAUGAGGUGUACUUAGGAGAGAGGGAUAGCAAAUUUUGGACAUCUGAUUCAAGGGCAGUACAAGCCUUCCAAAAGUUUGGAAGUAAACUAACUGAAAUUGAAGGGAAAAUCAUUGAGAGAAACAAAGAUUCUAGUUUGAAAAAUCGUUAUGGACCAAUACAAUUGCCCUACAAUUUGCUCCUUCGUUCAAGCGAGGAAGGUUUAACUUUCAGAGGAAUUCCCAACAGUAUCUCUAUUUGAGAGAAGAAGAAAAAAGUGUGUCGUUUUCUUAUCUAUUGUGCACUUGUGCUUUUCAAUAACAUCCAUGAUGAUUGUAUCUGUAUAAUAAUUAUUGUGUCUAUGUUUGUGCUACUGUUAUAUUUGGAAGCUCUUAUUUACAUAUAAUAAAGUGUGUCUCGUUUCCAUUA